AUGAUCCAACAAGCCCUGGCGUUGAUGCUCCAGCGCCUGCUGGGGAAAUUCCUCACGCUAGACUCAUCUCAGCUGAACCUGAGCAUUUGGGAUGGCGAUCUCACCUUCAAGAACAUCCAGUUGAAACUCGGAUACGGCCGUGGUGAAGUUGGCGAGCUACAGGUGCAGGUGCCAUGGAGAUCUCUGUGGAGCCAGCCAGUGGUGAUCAAAGCCCAACACAUUCGAAUCUAUGCACAUGCGAACUCCAAUCCGUCGGACGGAUCAUCUGUACAGACAGGCGCGGCGACUGCACCGACAGAUGAACAAGACAAAACGUACCUGUCCAAGUUACUCGCGUGCAUCAUUGGCAAUGUUCAGGUCGAGAUCGACGACAUCGAAAUCCAGUGCGAAUGCGCCGACGAUACCCGAAGCAAGGCUGCGGGAUUCGCCGUGUUCUCGAUACAACGUGUGGUUCUUCAAAACGUUGGCGGAGAUUGGGAGCCUACCUUUGUGGACCCAGGACAAGGCGGCAAUGUUUCACGCAAGAGACUUCAAAUUGACGGCAUCUCGUCCUAUGUCGAGUUGUACGCAGACAAGUCUCACCACUACUUUAUCCACGACUGGUGCAGCGACAUCAAGGCCACAUUGUCGUACCAAAGCGCGAGUGCCGCCGUGCCCGAUGUGGACGUUCAGAUGAUGUUUUCAUCAUCCAACGUGCCCAUGCCGAAUUCAUUCAACACAUCUUGCAUGUCCUGCGCCAAGUCCGAGGUAUCCCAUCGAGCCCUGCCCGUCCAUAUUGAAGCCAGCCACGUCGACGUCCUCGGCGCAAUCCUGGGCGAAGUCAAAGCCCCAUUUGACCAGUACGAGUCCUUUAAGCUCGCGCCGAGCAAGGUCCAGGGGUUUGCGCUCGUGUUGACGUAUGCCAAACAGUGGCUGCUCUCGGAUUGCAUCGACGGCGGCACGACGAACGGCACCACCAUGCCCUACAGCGACGACGACGACGACGACGACGAUGUGUUUGAGGAUGCAGUGGCGCCGCCCAGCUUGAGCGUCCGCGUGGCGGUGGAGACGUCGGUGGCGAUUUCCGUCAUCCCUCGAGAUAACGACACAACCAACAAGGGUGUCCACUGGGCCAGCUCCAUGGACGGCCUGCACAUCCAAUGGCGCCAAACAUGCGUAGAAACAGACGUCCAAGUGACGCUUCACGCGCUGCGCGUGCGCGAAAUCCAAAGCGGCGGCGUCGAGUCGGUCGUGAUGGAGCACAUGACGAUCCGCGACGUGCCGUGGUUCCACUUUGCAUGCACGUUGCCUGAACUCGACAGCCGAGCCGUGGGCACCCCCACCGUCGUGAAGUGCUGGAUGGACAGUCCUGUGACCAUUGCAAUCAGUGAAAAGUGCGUGUCUGAGUGGAGUGCGCUGCUGCUGCCGCUCUGGACGUGGUACGCCGAAGCCCCGCGGAGCCCCCCGCCGCCCGCCCCUCUGGACAACGCGUCGUCGGAGCUAUCUCUAGUGCUGUUUGACAUCCGCAUGCGGUCGUUGGAUGUCGCUGUGGAGGUCGGACCGUCGUGUUUUACGCUGCAAGGGCGACUCACGGCGCUGUCGGUGCAAACCACCAGCUCCCCUGACGUGCCGGCAACGACCACCACGAUGGCGCUGGAGUCGAUGGCGCUGGUUUCGAGCCAAAACAGAUCAAUCUUGUCGUUGGAAUCGCUUUCGGCCACACUCACAACGAGGCAUGAAGUAGGACCUAAAGUCGAGUGCUGUCGCUGCUGCCACACGUUUACAAACGUGGCGGCGGCGGCGGUCCCGAUCGUCCGGACCUCCCACGGCACCGGCUUUGACUUGCGUUUUUCUACCAAAGAAACCGAGUCCCCGCUCUACGCAUUCGCAGCAACCUUGCCUCCGAUCCAUGUGAGUGUGCACGACGACGACUUCGUUCACAUCAUGGCAUUGUGUGGCACAGUCUCUCGAAUGUGGAUGAUGGGUGGCCAACAGCAACAUAUUCAACCUUCAGGCCAACCGCCGUCGUCAUCGAUGGUACUUUGUACCAACACCAGCGUUCCUCCAUUGUGCUGGCUUUCCAUCGACAUAAGAGUCCCUUCGAUUGUGCUGACACUGCAACCGUGGGGACAAGUGGACGUGAAAGACUUGGUGUAUGCCAGCACAUCGUGCACCAGAGUGUUUCAUGCUACCACCUCGGUUGGAGCGUUCACAGUGUCAGACAAAGUACGCGGUCUUCCCGUGCUGUCGUUGCCUGGCGGGUGCACCGUCGAUCAAGCCAGCUGUCCUCGCUCGGCGUUUGAAUUCUCCAACCAGCUCAACUUGAGCGACAAGGAUGCCACUUUGAUGCACAUUUGCGUAUUGGAACGUAUCCAGUGCGACGUGUCGGAUCAAUUCGUCAAGCGUGCGCUCGAGUGGUGGACCAAAGGGCAGCUACAUUUGACUCUAUCCAGAGGAACACUUCUGCCGCAGCAGCAACAGGCGACUGCCCCUCCAACAACCCCGAGUGUUUUGCCCCGUGACAUGGCGCACUGUGUGUCGGAAACCAGCAUAUGGCUUGACCAAGGGAUUCACGUGAACUUGUACCACCACGAUAUGGAUGGCAUUCACACUGGGGGGUGCGACAUGUGCACUUCCAACGAGGCGCUGCAUGUAGCGUCCGUCAGCUGUUCAUUUGCCACGAGCACGAGUCUCUUGUACGAUCCGAACUGCGAUGUCACUGCCGACGCCCGGGGAACGGUCAAGAACCUCCGCGUCGAAGACGGCGCGCAUUCCCCCACUGGAGCCGCCCCGUUGCGCCAUCGACCAAUCGUAUCGGGCACUCGGGACGACAACUUGCAGCACGUGGAUUUCCGAUUCGCGUCGACCCAAGACAGUUCUGGGCUUCGGGUUUUUCUCACCCAACUCCGGCUGGAUGCAGUCGCCUUGACGUACUUGCUACGGGUGCACAAACAAGUCGACUACUUCUGCCGGUAUCACUUGCACGAGGCGCUGUACGUCCCGGUGAGCGCCGCUGACGUGGCCAACGUGUACGCGCAGUACAACAGCACCGUGCCCCCAGCGCAUGGACGGGGAGAUGAUGAGUGGCCUGAAGUUCGCUGGGAAGUGGUGGCGCAUGACCUGUCGCUGAGUUUGCCUCGAAAUUCGUGCUCGAACGAACUGCUGUUGUUGCGAAGUACCAGCGCCAAGUUUCAGUCGGCGCACGCUGUCACAGACGAUUUCGUCACGAGUGGGUUGUUUCUCGAUGAACAAGAAGUCGACGCCAUCUUUGUCGAAACGGUGUCGCGUCGCCACGAACUGCGGCGGUUGGAACUCCGCCACCUCCGCCGCCUCGUAAAGAACCAGCGGGCCAAACUGCUCGUGAGCCACUCCCGACUCCACGCCGACUACAAGACGGCGACGAGGGAGUCGCAGCGAUUCAUGCAUGGCGGAGGUGGCCGCGUCGAGUCGCUUCUGCACGCCGAACAAGCAUGUUCGAUUCUCAAGGCUAAAUUGGACUCGCUCGACCAACAUCUGGACGAACUGCACACGCAUUUGGCGUUUAUCGAGGCAGAGAUCGAAGCCACCAAAGUGUCCGAGGACCAAGUCCAAGUCGUCGGAAGGUAUCGCAGCCGCUCCCUCGACAUGAUCCAGUCGUCUGUGACCAGCAUACCUGAAUAUACUUUCGGGUCGUUGUUUGGCGCAGAAGAUGCAGCGUUUCACGACGCCACCGACGACGGCGCGGCGAGGCCAGCUACGCCGUGGCUGUCGUUCGAGUUGAUUGGGCUCAGCGGAUGGGCGGUGGACCCUGAGACGAGGGCUGUGGACACGGACCACCCCAUAUUUGAACAAGCCAUGGCCGUGUGCUCUGUCGAUUUCCAGACGGCAUGGCUCGACAGCGCGGCGUACACGGUGCAACACGUGAGUAUCCGCUUGAACGAGUGGAGUGUGGACUUUGUCGAGUACCAGUACGGGACGAUCGUGGGGAUGAUCUACGAGAACUUCAAAGAAGCCAACAACAUUGUCAACGAGAACCUGUGGCCGCGAUGUGCAAAUUGCGGCGGAUUCCACGACGAUACUGCCGUGUGCAAUGUGGACUGGCUGCGGGUGACCAUCGACGUCAUGGACGCGCGCGUGACGCUGCACAAGACAAUUGCCGGCCCGGAGAAGACGGUCAAGAUGGAUCUGGAGCAACUGAACGUCCAGAUCAACAUGACAACGAGCGACGACCUGGCGUUCGACGUGUCGGUGGUGGGGCUCACCGUGUCGGACGACGACGUGCUCCGAGACCCGUUUAUCAAGCCCACGCAAUCCAUCCGCGACGUUGCGCAGGUGCACAUGACGUCCACGUCAUCGUACACGGAGUCGACGUACUCGGUGAAGAUUGGCCAUUCCCACGUUGUGAUCUUGCCGUCGUCGAUGCAAAUGGUGUCGAGUUUCUUUACGUGGCCGUUCUGGAUGGCUGAGGAGAAAGCGAUGACGGGGUUUGUGGCGGGGCCAGUGGUCGACUGGACGAGUAUGGACGUAAGCGUCGCGUUUGACAAAGCAUGUUGCUUUUACUUGCUGGAGGACUUUGCCAAAGCCGACACACGCGCUCUCGUGCUGAUGUCGGAAGUGAGAAUCGACUACAAUUGGACCCAACACAUCCCGACCAACACGAGCUCAACCAAGGUGGACUUGGCGCUGGAACCGCGGGGCUUGUACUUUUCAUCGCUCCCAGACUUGGCCGUGGACGUGGACUUUCCGCUCAUGAACUCGUUCACGUUCCAGUACAUGCACCUGAUGGAGUUUGUCCACCACAGUCCGACGUCUGUUGAUGCCACACAACGCUACGCGCUGUCACUAUAUGCCGACGAAUCCGGCAAAAUGCACGUGAUUCCCGUGGAAGCUCGGUUGUCCGUACAAGACUUUUUGCUGCUGUCCAACAUUGCCCACAAUUAUAUCAACACGGAUACUACCACUGGCAGCACUUGCGGCCCUGACUUGACGGCGGUGGUGGUUCCCCCUCGGAUUGUGAGCGAAAAGUUGCUGGCCGACGUUGGAGGGCUGCGCGUGGUGAUGGUCAACAACAGCCUGGGUGUGCCGAUUUUGGACAUCGUCAUGACUGAAAUCGGAUGUGAAUAUGUGAAUACUACCGACGCCGUGAUGAUUGUGGGGGGUAUCUUCCGCUGCAACUACUUCAACAACAGCAUCUACCGAUGGGAACCGCUGAUCGAACCGUUCAAGAUCCACAGCGACAGCGUCCUCUCGACGUCGUUGAGUGUGCAUCUCAUGUUUCCGUUCGCCUUGAACGUCAACUUGACGCCGGCGAUGACGCCCAUCUUGUUUAUGGACAAUCUGCUCUUGGCCGACGACAUUGUCGCGAGUGGGGCCAAGGUCACGACGCCGUUUUGGCUCAAAAACAGCCUCGGCACGAGCGUCCAGUUCAGUUUUGCCCACGGCCACUCGUUUAUCCAGGACACGGUCGAUAAUGGACAGGUUGUGCCGAUUGAUUGCCGAGACAAGGUCACCCACCUCCGGACGUUCGACAAGGCCAGCGAAUUGGACGCGCUGCAGUUCCAGAAGAACACCCUCACCGCGCAACACUCGCUGUUCCUGUGGAUCACUGGGUCGUUGUACAUGAGUGCGCACCCUGUGACUGUGGACGUGGUGGGCCACAUUUCGAUCUGCUUGAAACAUGUAGAAGACGGACCAAUAACAGAUGACAACCACCAUGUGCCGUGUCCAGUGAUCGCAGCGGAGAUCAGUCUACAAGAAGACGGGAGCAAACUCAUCCACAUUCACUCCCAAGUCCUCCUCACGAAUGAGACGGGGCUGCCGCUGAUCGUGUGGGGGUACGCCCCCCCUGGGAUGGUGGAGGAGUGGAUCGUCGACCGCGAAGCCACGUCAUACGUUCCGCUGCACCUGAUCCAUCCCGAAGCGCGGCUGAGCAUUCGGCCAUCGCUCGACACGGACUACGCGCCGCUGGCGUCGACAUUUGGAAUGUUCGACGGUGACAUCAAGGCGUGUGAAUUGUCUUUUGAAACGCAACGCAGACGCUUUGUGCGCACGGGCACGUGCAGUUGCAAGUACAAAGCGAACGGCGUGACGUCCAGUGUAUUGUCGAUGCAGGUGCUGCCGGGCAUGGUGGUGCGGGAGCUGCCCCCGUGGCAGUGUGUGUUUGACGUGGAGGCGUUCGCGCUGAUCAACACCGCCGUUGAGUCGACGACCACCUCCUCGGUGCGCCGGGGGUCGGCGACGUUGGCCGUUGACGACGAGGACGCCGCCGCCGACGACGGCGAUAUCUUUGACGCGCUGCUCAAGUUAGACGACGACGACCAAGACGCCAGUACGUUUGCAAAGUCCCAGCCAAUCGUGGACGUGCUGGAAGAAGCCAAGCAGGCCAAACAUGUCCAGGGCGUCCAGUCCGAGCACUUUGCGCACAUUUUGACGUUGAAACCGUGCUUGAGCCUGCACAACCGACUUGCGUGCCCGGUGGCGUACCGCAUUUUAGAGCAAUCGCUGCAAUUGGUUGCGGAAGGCAUUUUGGGCGUCGGGGAUAUCCUUCCCCUCUUUCAGAUCAACGCGAGCGAAGAAAUGUUGGUGUCGUAUCGGCUGGAAAACUACAACUGGAGUGAACCUGUGACGAUGGUACACCCCAAAUCGUGUCCCGUUCCUUUCAAAGAGUCGGUGGAAGGGAUAAAAAUAUGUGGCCGGUCGUUUCCGAGUGCCACGACCUACAAGAACGCGCAACGCCAAGUCCCGGAGCUUCAGCUAAAGCUCAAGCGAAAGGACCGAGACGUGAUCGUGUUCAGUCCGCUGUGGAUUGUCAACCAUGCGGGCAUGGCGCUCGAGUAUUGCGACGCGUUAAGCCGAAAGUCCAUGGAAACAGCGCUCACGUUUGUGCACAACCGCCCGGGGUCGCUCGCCAGCACCAACUUUGUCCAGCGCUUGUCCGUGUCAUCCCCCGUAGCCGCCCCAGACGAUUUGCAUCUGUUUGAAAAGUCGGCGUCGAUUGUGCCCGUGGCCAUCUACGUCGUGGUGAGCGAAGCCAGGGACUUGUUCAACUCGCACAAACUGGUGGGGACGCAAAACCCAUACGUUCGCGCGUCGCUGUUCAUCCCCAAGCAGUCGCGGAAUGAAGACCUAGUUGACAGUCUCUUUUGCUUUGCAUCCACCAAAGCACAUGUCGGCGGCGGCCAACAUCCCCAGUUCAAGGUGAAUAAUACCAUGUACCUGCCGUUUCCAGAACACGGCGGGCCGUACCAACUGCAGUUUGCACGCAUUGUGGUCGAGAUGCGAUCGGUAUGGUACGGCUCGGAAGCGUUGUUGGGCAUUGUGACGUUGCCCUUGUCCGACGUCAUCUCGAAUCGAGAUGUGUAUGCUGGGUUUCAAUGGCAUGACUUGGUAAAGAAGAGAUCGUCGUCCAAAAAAGGGCCGACGGAAGCAGCGUCCGCGGGGCAAGUCCACAUGUCUAUCACUUUGGCCACAAAACACUUGAUCGAGUCGGCUGACUCACCCGGUGCGGUGUGGGGCACCGUGCUGACCACCCCCCGACAGCAAGCAAGACGGAGUGUUCCCACGCAUGGCGAUACGCCGUACAACUUGACCGUGUACCUUCCGACGAACCGGUUCAUGUCUGUGGUGGUGUCGGUGGUUCCCAGCACGACUGUCGUCGAGUUGGUGGCAAAGGUGGCGACGCUGGGGGGACUCGUCCUGGCCCCAAGCGAUUUUGUCGUAGUGGAGCUGCGGUUGCCCCGCUUCGUGUCGCUGCGCAGUGCCGGACGCCCCGAAGCCGAGCGCUGGUUUGGCGCGGUUUUGACCGACAAGAACAGUCCGAUUCAAGUGCUAGGCAAGAAAUUCGGAGUUCAUUUGUGCCACAAGACCACGUUCAACACGCUGCGGCUAUACGAUGAGAUGAGCACCGCCAGCAUCCACCACACGACCCCGCGGUCACUUUUGCAGCACCGCCAACCAGCCCAAAACGUGCCCGUCGAGUGGGCUGAAGCCAUCAACUUUGGGUCCAAAUCUGGGUCGUCAUGGGACACGUUGCGCGUGAAAACGUUCAAAUCUGGAUGGUCCGACGCGGUGCGCAUCCAUCGCAACGCGCUCGGCAACUCUGGCGUGGCGCAGCUGCUGACUUUGGUCGAAGAGAGCGAGCAGUCGCGGCUAAACCCGAGCAAACAAAUUGAGCUCGCGUUGUGGAGUUGUUAUGGCCCCGGCGUGUUUCGAGACACGAUCGUGACGACGAUCGUGCCGCGGUAUGUGCUGAUUAACCAAACGUCGCAGCCGCUGUGGUACCGCCAGCACAACUGCCACACUGUCACAACAUUGCAUGUGAACGAUAUGAAACCAUUUCACUGGGACAAGGCAGACGAAGUACGCAAGAGCAUUCAAGUGACGUUUGCCCAAGGGGAAAUGGACUGGUCGGGGCCGUUCACGAUCCAUUCGCUGGGGUCGACGCAUUUGAAACUGCGAGGCAAGGCCGACGUCCACGACAUUUACAUUUUGCAGGCGCAGCUCGACAUGGUCGGCGGGUCCAUCGUGUGUGUGUUUCGCGACGAAAGCAAGCGGUGGCCGCCGUACCGUAUCGAUAACUUUACGUCAUUCCGGCUGCAGUUUCGCCAGACGCAGUGGCAGCGCGAUGUGUGGGACGAAGUGCGGCCGCGGAGUUGCGUGCCGUACUCGUGGGAUAACCACGAGGGCCGCCAAGUGAUUUCCGCCGACGGCAACCAGACCCUCGUGCUGGAGCGGUACCUGGACGUACGCUUCAUGCAAGUAUCGUCGUCGCUCGCGCUGGACGUGACCAAUGCUGUCGUGGACACGAAGGAGUACAACUUGGACAUGAUGCAAAAGCACAAGCGCAUCCAGCUGACUCGGUCGUUGCCUGCGUCGCUCUUUGACGGGUGUGCCGUCCAAGGCAUUCUGUCGAAGAAAGAUAAUGCCAUCAAUUGGAGCAAGCGGUAUUUCCGACUGCAUGAUCACAUGGUGUACUACUUUAUGACCGAGCACGACCACGCGUUGCGCGGAGUGAUUGACUUGGGCAUGAACCAGUCGGAAACCGGCGCCGUGUUGUUCCUCAAGGGAUGGUCGAAACCUCGAUACAAGCCCCAAGCCAUGUCCAAGGCUGCCGCGAGUAAUCCCUUGCACACGAUGGCCAAGAGCAUCACGGAAACCCUAUUUGGGGAAGAAGCCAACGCCGCGUCCGACUCGUCGGUGGCCGCCGCGCCAUCGCAUUGCGAAGAGUUUUUCUUAUGGAUUGGAUCCCUCUUGCGCAUGUCGGACGGGAUGGUGACGAAGGCCGCCCAGUGGCUGCAAGCGCUGACUUUGAACGGCACCGAGUUGAGUCCGUCGCAGCUGUUUCUCGCGUCGGGGUUGGACGUGAUUGCGUUUUUGAUGGCCGAGCAACUGGCUCCUUCCACUGGUGUUGCGCUGGACCUGGCGCAGCAACUCUUGUACUACGGCGUGUUGGGGCUGUGGAACCCGCCACCUGACGUUGAUUUCGACAACAUCCGGUUUGAACCCACUGGCACUUUGUAUCGUGUGCUGGUGCCCACGCCGCCUGCCGCGCCGUCGACGCGUGAAUUCUCCAUUGGGAUUCCAGGCGGCAAGACGUACCACUUGCGCGCCGACUCCCCCGAAGACGCCGCGGUGUGGUGCAGACACAUUCGCGAUGCUAUCAUCCACGCCAUGCACGAAGGCCACUCGACGACCCACCACGCCCGAAUCACCCACGAACCAGAUGCAAAGACCACCACGAAAACGUACGUGUACGCUCGGGUGAGGGCGGACGGGCCUACUAAAGUGCUCGAGUUCACCGAAGGAGGCGAAGAAGACGACGAGUGUGGCGGGGCUAAUGCGGUGGUUCCACUGGACAAUGUGUUGGAAGAUGUGGCGUCCGUCGAGUCGACGGACAAGGUCGAGUGGCUGCAAAAUGUGCAUGUGGCAGUUCAUGUGGCCAGCAUUGGGCUGAGCUGCGUGAAUGAAAAGCCCAUGGAGCUGAUUUACAUGAGCCUGCAAGGCGUGGACAUUGCAUUUGACCGUCAUGAGAACAAAAUGCGCUUUGGCGUGACGUGGCACGACGUCCAAGCCGACAACCAAGUGCCUGAAGCCACGUUUCCCACGCUCUUGUGCCCCAAACAAACAGAUCCAACCGACCCGCCUAACGACGUUGUGUGCAGAGAUUGUGCAACUGCGCAACAUGAAGCUGUGUUUCACUUUUGCUGCGGGUGGAGUAACGAGCAAGGGUCGACAGAUUACUUUGAGUACUGCUCGCUGUACGUGGCCCCCAUGUUGCUGCAGCUGGACGAAGAACUCGUGUCGCUUAUCCGGGACUUCUUGGCGUCGGUUCUACUCCACCAAAACGGCCUUCGCCGGCGAGAUUUACCCGACGCCAUCCACACCGCGCCACUUCUGCACGACUCGAGCACCAGCCAAAUACUAGCCGACUUCAAACUCGCCAUGGAGUGCGAAGAACUCGAUCCGCUCAACAGCGCCACGCUGCUCGAGACGCACACUGUGUCGUCGUCGGAACGAAAAGUGUACUUUGCCGUGCUCAACAUUCACCCAGUGGAGGUGGAUAUUACGUUUCGCAGCGACGUGAUUGGCGAUCGAUUCAAAGAUAGCACCGACCAACUGGUCCAAGAUGAUGAAGCCAACAUGCAGCACGUGGCCGCGUGGAUUCCCAGCUUGAGUAUGCACGUUCCCGACUUGGAUAACGCCCCCAUUCGCUUGAAUGCGCUUGUGGUCGAGCACGCGUUUGGCACGAGCGGCGACGUCACUCGGCGGGUGUCCAAGUACUAUACGCGGCAGCUGUGGAAACAAGUGCACAAGGUGCUCGGGUCGUUUGACUUUCUCGGCAACCCCGCCGGCUUGCUGGAUCAUUUGGGCACGGCGGUGCGCGAUUUGAUUGUAGAGCCGUUUGAAGGCGCCCGGGCAGGCACAGGGAUUGCCGGCAGCGGCCUCGGCUUUGGCAAGGGACUCGCCAAAGGCGCGACCAGUUUUGUCACAAACUUCAUCGACGGCACGUCCGACGCAACGUCCAAAGUGACGGGUACGUUUGGCCAAGGGCUGGCUACUAUGAGCCUGGAUGGCCAUUAUCAAAAGAUCCGAGCCAAGGCGCGCCGGCGCCACGUGCACGGGUUCAAGGAGGGGCUGAUUCAGGGGUCCAGGGAGCUCACGAUUGGAAUGGUGGAAGGGGUCACGGGCGUCGUGAUGAACCCAUUACGAGGCGCCAAGACCCACGGCGCGAUGGGGUUUCUCAAAGGCACAGUGACGGGGCUGCUGGGGCUGCCCAUGAAACCCGUAGCGGGCGUGUUUGAUUUUGCAUCCAGGGCUACGCAAGGCAUUCGGAAUCGCUCGGUGCAUCACGGUCGUCGAGGGUUGCGCCUUCCGCGGGUAUUUGGUCGGUUCAACGAGCUAAAGUUUUACCGGGAAGAAGAUGUCGUGGCGCACAUGCUCGUGCGCAAGACGGGUACGGAUGAAAAGAUCAUUUUCCACUCGCACUUGGACCAGCAAGUGCACGCGCACGAACUUGCCGACGAAGCGCGCGCGCGGCACACGACAGUUCCAUUGCAUCGCCAAGUGAUGAAGAUGCAGCGGUACGAAUCAUCCCAAGACGACUUGGAGCGGGGAAAGCGCGCCGUGUAUGCCGUCGUGUUUACCAAGAAAGGGCUGGGACUCGAGCUCGAAACCGACUUUUAUGGCGAGGCGGUGAUCAUCAAGACCUGCUUGGAUCGAUCCGCCAUCCACGAAGCGCAAACCACGAGCCGCGAUGUGACGUCCAAACUGCUGCAGCCGGGGGACGUGCUCGUCCAGCUGGGCGAUGUGAACGUUCGCAACAUUGGAUUCCGAGAAACCAUUGCGCUCAUCAAGGGAUCGAGUCGCCCUGUGACGCUCACGUUUGAGAGCUGCGACGUGUUUGACGACGAUAACGACAGCCCCACGGACGUCCAGUAUAUUUAUUCUCCCCACGCAGCCUCGGUCGUGUCGACGGCGUCCACCCGCCCCCUCAACCAUCAUCCGUCGUCGUCGCUCAAAGUGAAAGUGACGCACUGGGUGAUCAUCACAGACAAGCGCGUGCUGUACAUCCAACUGGACAGUGACAGCGUCCUGGACGACGCCAUCUUGGAGUGGUCAGUGCCGCUUCGGUCGAUCCACUCGAUUGAAGUGCUCGAGAAUGCCAUCCAGCUGCAUCUUCGCGUGGGAGUCAACAGCAUCUUUACGGGUCCAUUGCGGCGGCCCGAGUGGAAGCACGAGACCCCCCAAGCGAUCCACACCAUGAACGUGUUUGCCAUGGCCAUGAAGAAGAGCUUCCGACUGCCUUAUGCCGACCUGGCCGACCUCCAGGAAGUGUACCCGUCCGACACGUCCUUCUCAAGUGUCCUCCGCGUGUCCGUGUCGGGCGGGCCCAAGCGCCGGCGGUGGUGUGUACUCUGUCGCAACUGCUUGUACGUGUUUGCACUCUACCCCCGCAAGGCACUGCGGCUCAUCGUGCCCCUUGGCCGGGUGACAAUCACCAAAACGGAUUUCGCGCCGUUGACGUGGAAGAUUCAGGGCGCGGUGCAGAUGGAACCGAUGCCGACGUUGCAAGUGGAUGGGCCCGCGCUGUCGGAGAAGAUGGAGGUGGACCUGAUGCUGAUCGCGGAAAAGGCCGACGAAGUGGAGAUGUGGAUGUCCGCGCUGCAACAUGCCGCCGGCAAUGGCAUGCGGCACUCCAAAGGCACGCGGUUUUAUGCAGCGACGGACGCCACGACCUUGUCGGUGGGAUGCCAAGAAACAAAGGCGUACGUGGUCGUGCAGUUGGUCGACGCGCUCAAGAAAACGCUAGCCGUGUUCAAAGAAGGAUGAAAUGGAGGCAUACCAAGUAGAAUAAAUAUUCAAGUUGGAAAUCACUGAUAACUUGGUAGUGUACCCAAUAUAUGCAGCCAUUCCUGGCGAAAACUCA